AUGAAUAGUCACUAUGCCUCCCAAUCGGAGGACAUCGAGCUGAUCGACAAUCCGGAAUACACAAGCAAUAAUCUCAGCACAACAGCAAGUAACACGAACAAAAAAUAUGACAGCGACACCGACAUGGAGCCCUCUCAACGGAAGAAGGCGGCCAUGGCAGGCAAACUUUUCUCUGACCAGCUCUCCUAUAACGUGAGUGUAGCUGACAACAGUUCUGCUGCAAAUGGCGAUCUAGACCUCUCCGACACAGAAGAGGCUGGUCACGUUCAAGACACAAGGGUCAAGCGUGCUUUGAAACAGAGACACAUCGGAAUGAUAGCCCUAGGUGGCACUAUCGGUACAGGUCUGUUUGUCGGUAUCUCUACCCCACUAGGAAACGCAGGUCCCGUCGGUGCUCUGAUCGCAUAUAUCUUCAUGGGUUCCAUUAUAUACUUCAUCACUCAAUCGCUGGGUGAAAUGGCAACUUUCAUCCCUGUCACUUCUUCCAUCACUGUCUUCUCGAAAAGAUUCUUGUCACCAGCAUUCGGUGUUACUAACGGUUACAUGUACUGGUUCAAUUGGGCCAUCACAUAUGCCGUAGAAAUCUCCGUUGUCGGUCAAGUCAUCCAGUACUGGACGGAUGCUGUACCUCUAGCUGCAUGGAUCGCAAUCUUCUGGGUCUUUGUCACCCUGCUGAACUUCUUCCCAGUUAAAGUCUACGGUGAAGUCGAGUUUUGGGUUGCCUCCAUCAAAGUUCUAGCCAUCAUUGGUUACUUAAUAUACGCCCUGGUUAUUGUCUGUGGUGGCUCCUCCCAAGGUCCAAUCGGUUUCCGUUAUUGGAGAAAUCCAGGUCCAUGGGGUCCAGGUAUCAUUUCGAAGGAUGUCAACGAGGGUAGAUUUCUAGGUUGGGUUUCUUCUUUGAUUAACGCUGCUUUCACUUACCAAGGCACCGAAUUGGUCGGUAUCACUGCCGGUGAAGCAGCUAAUCCAAGAAAGAGUGUUCCAAGAGCAAUCAACAAGGUUGUCUUCAGAAUCGCUUUAUUCUACAUCAUGUCUUUAUUUUUCAUUGGUCUAUUAGUUCCAUACAACGAUCACACUUUAUCAUCUGGUGAUUCGUACAUUGCAUCCUCUCCAUUCGUUAUCUCGAUUCAAAAUGCAGGUACCUACGCUUUGCCAGACAUUUUCAAUGCCGUUGUUAUGUUGACCAUCAUUUCCGCUGCAAACUCCAAUGUUUACGUCGGUUCUCGUGUCCUAUACGCACUAGCUCAAACCGGUAAUGCUCCAAAACAAUUUGCUUACGUUACCAAACAUGGUGUUCCUUGGUUGGGUGUUAUAGUAACUGCUUCCUUAGGUCUGUUAGCCUUCUUGGUUGUUAAUAACAACGCCAACACUGCGUUCAACUGGUUAAUCAACAUUUCUACUUUGGCUGGUCUAUGUGCCUGGUUCUUUAUUGCCUUAUCGCAUAUCAGAUUCAUGCAAGCUUUGAAGUACCGUGGUAUCUCAAGAGAUGACUUACCUUUCAAGGCCAAGCUAAUGCCAUGGGGUGCUUACUAUUCUGCUUUCUUUGUUUUUGUCAUUAUUUUCAUCCAAGGUUUCGAGGCGUUCACUCCAUGGGACACUACCACCUUCUUCACAUCUUACAUCUCACUAAUUCUACUGGUAGUAGUCUUCAUUGGAUGUCAAUUGUACUACAGAUGCAGGUUUUUGUUGAAGGUCGAAGACAUCGACAUCGACACAGACAGAAGAGAAAUCGAAGCCAUCAUCUGGGAAGAUGAUGAACCAAAGAACCUCUGGGAGAAAUUCUGGGCUUGGGUUGCAUAA